UAAUUGAUAUUCUCCCCUACUAGACUCUGCUAGCUAGCCAGUUAGCUGUUGACUGAUAUUAUUUUUGAGUUCCAGGAAUCAACGGAGACGCUCAUAAAAUCUAGCUAACCAUUGCUUAGUUUACUUAAAUUGACUAGCUAGCGACGCACAAUUUAAUUGUGAUAGGAAUUGCAUAGGCAUUUGCAAGCUAGCUACAUUAGCCAGGAUAACAUGUAUGUCGUAGUGAAUUAUACACGAAGGUUACAGACCCUAGCAUUUAAUCUAGUGCCUUCGUGCUACCACCAAGGCGUCACAAGAGUUUCCAUAACGUCACAGGACCGAAAAUCCAAGCAAAACUUUAGCUGCUUUCGUUGGACUCAUCUGAUAACUUUAGUACAUCAAUAUAGUACCAGAAUUAGCAACUCUAAGGUGCCCAGGGUAGCAACAUGGGAGCCUGUAUUGGAGAACCAGCUACCCCCACCUUGCCAAGUUCCUGUAGACCUUGUUGACAAAUUGGAGCGACUAGCCCUGGUGGAUUUCCGCAACCAGGAGGGGCUGGCCUGUCUGGAGAAAGCCAUCCGAUUUGCAGAUCAGCUCCAUGUUGUUGACACAGAUGGGGUUGACCCGAUGGAUUCAGUUCUGGAGGAAAGGGCACUGUAUCUGAGGGAGGAUGCCGUGGCAGAGGGGGACUGUGCAGAGGAACUGCUCCAGCUCUCCAAAAACACAGUGGAGGAGUACUUUGUGGCACCGCCAGGUAACAUUCCACUCCCAAAGAGAGAGGAGAGAGCUGCCAUGUUUAAGCACUCCGAGUUCUGAUUCAAAACCUCUGCAAAGAAAUGCAUGGCUAAAUGAUAAAGAUUGACCAACCAUCAAGAGGGUCAGGGCUUGGCAUGUAUUAAGGCACCUUCAAACCAGACAAACUGAAGCUAAAUCAAAGAAAGAUGAUCCAGUGUUGUUGAUCUGUGUGUGUACUCCAUGUAUGCACUGUAUUCUCUGAACAAUAUGUAGUGUCAUUAUGUUGAAAAAGCAGAACCAUAACUCCCAAUGGUACAUACUUUGUGGGUGCUCUGCAAAUGAUUAUCAAUGACUAAAGAGGCAACCAAUGAAUGUACAAUUCAUGCAUUCAGGAACUAAAACAAAUAAACAUACUAAGAGUCCUCACUUUA